UCCCUUUCGAUCUCAAUCGAUCUGCAGCAGUAAUAUUUUUUUUUUCGCUAUUUUUUUUUCCGCUUCUUCGCAUCACGAUCGCGUGCCGCCGUGCUCAAUCUUCAGCAGUAAAGCUUCGAUCUUGCCCUAAAUCAUGGCGGCUCUUCCCAAUCGCGCGCAGAGAGCGAAGAAGCCACUGCGGAGAGGAGGGGCGGUUGCUGUCGGAUUGCUGGCUCUUCUUCUCGUCGGCAUGAUUCUUCUAGCCACUUCCAUGAAUUCUAAUGGUUCGGCCGGGUCACUGACCCAAUCUGAUAGGAAGAGCGAAAGGAAUCAUGUUGUUGCUGUUGCAUCUGUUCGAUCCCAACCUACCGCGGAAUUCGUCAACAAGACCGAAGUCAUAUGGCAAAUUCCCGAGUCCCCCAAGGCCGUCGUCUUCAUAGCUCACGGUUGCAACUGCCGAGCUGCUAAUUUCUGGGAUCGAUCCGCUCAUUGCCCGCACUGCGUCGGCCUUCCAGAAGACAGGCUGAUUGUCCUCAAUGCUCUAGGUCGCAGGUUCGCCGUCAUCGCUGUUUCCAGCCUCGGAAGAUGCUGGUCUAUCGAGAAGGACGUCGGCAUUGCUAAAGGGAUACUACAAUGGUGGAUUGAGAACCACGAGCUCCAAAAGCUUCCUGUCACAGCUCUAGGAGCUUCAUCUGGUGGUUAUUUUGUUUCUGCGCUGGCAAAGGAGGUGAAUUUUAGCAGCGUAGCGCUCAUGAUUUCAGCUGGGGUGUUCGGUUCCAUGGGCGUUCCAGUUGGGUAUCCUCCCACUCUCUUUGUCCAUAUGCCUAAAGACCUGCGUGCAAAGAGGCUGAUAGAGAAGAACAUGGCUUCGUUGAAGAAGAAGGGUGUUUCUGUUAAGGAGGUCAGGUGUCUGGAGUUCCCAUUGACUCGUACGCUUUUGACGGAAAGGAUCCCUGGUUUGGAUGAGGCGGUAUCUGCCAGUGUAUUUGAGUUGUUUCAGGAGAAGGGUUUCAUUGAUGAGAGGGGAUAUUUGAAGAGCGAUGGACGAGCGACUCGGUGGAAGCAAGCUCUUAAGGAAAAGGAUCCCUCAAUGGAGAAGUAUGAAUGGCUUGAUCAUGUAGAGGAGGAGUUAAAUCUUGCUUUUGCAUACCAUGAGAUGACCAGCUUGCCUAUUGGUGAUAUUCUGGACUGGUUUGAAUCGCACAUGUAGCCAGUGGCUGUGUAGUAAGCUGAAAGAUAUUUUGAGUUUGGACAUCUGGCAGAAAUUUACCAGUUGAAAACACUUUCUGGUGUCAAAAUAUCAAGAGUUUCAAAAUGCUGUAUGAGCAUCACUGUAGUUUGAUCUACACCAGGUUAAUUGGAAAAACAUAUACUUGUUUAAUUGCAAAGACUUUAUCUUUAUUUGACUCUGUCAGGAUUUGGAUGAUAUGAAUAUAGAGAUCAUGAGGAAUACCUUGUACAAGGCCUACCUUGAAGAUUUCUGUAACUUCUGUCAGGUGGAGCAACUGCUGAAAUUAUGUCCGAUCUUCUUGCAUUUGAAGCUGAUAGAAGGGCUGUCAAUAUUACUAUAAAUAGCAUUGGCACUGAGUUGACUAGAGAUGAUUGCCGGAAGCUUUAUUCUAAUUUCGGUUUGUUAUAUCCCUAUGGCCAUGAAGAACUUGCUAUCUGUGAGGAUAUUGACCAGGUCCGUGGUGUGAUGGAAAAAUAUCCACCAUACCAGUCCAUUUUUGCCAAGAUAUCCUACGGAGAAAGUCAGAUGUUGGACAAAGCAUUUUAUGAAGAGGAAGUAAAGAGGCUCUGUUUGGCUUUUGAGCAGCAGUUUCACUAUGCGGUUUUCUUUGCCUAUAUGAGAUUGAGCGAGCAGGAGAUAAGGAAUCUGAUGUGGAUCCCGGAAUGCGUAGCGCAGAAUCAGAAGUCCAGAAUCCAUGAUAGUGUGGUCUUCAUUUUCUGAGUGCUAAAUGAGCGCACAAAAUUAUGCCUCGAGAUGCUCCUUCCAUCAUUUAAUUCUCUUGUUAUCUCUUUACUUGCCGAAACCAUGGUACAUGCAUUAUUUUUAUCAGCAUAACGUGUGUGGCACUUAAAUUUGAAAUAUAAAAUAAGCUGUAAGUUGUAUUAGAAUUAGAAUGGAAUGUGAUUCCUUUCAAAUAUAGUGAAAUUUUGAACAAUUUGAGUU